UCGUUCAUUUUUAACAAGCCAGCCACUUACUACAUUUCUGUCUCAUAAUAGAAGCAGAGCCCACAGGACAAAACUAGCAGGUUAUAUUACAGGAUGGGUCUUUCUUCAUUACCAGAGUUGCUCCAACUUGAAAAGUCGUUGGAAGAAGCACAUGGACUCGUCUCCUCCACGGAGCAGACUUCGCUGCUCCUUUCGCAUUUCGAAUUGAUCUCGUCUCAAGUUUCAUCGCCCUCAUGCGAGGUGUCUGCAGACGAGAUCGAGAAGCUCUUACAAUCCGACGGCGACUUCAACUUGGCUCAAUGUUGCAACAAAUGCCACCAGAAGCUGUUCUACAACGAUGAAUGUGCAUCUAAGGGUGAAUUGCAAGCAGAUUUGCAACCUUGCUGUUAUGAAUCAGUUGAACGCUAUAAGCAUGCGGUGUCUUUGGACGUUUCAUUUUGGUGGUUUUUACUCAACUCUUUCCCAUGUUGUGUGAUGACGUUGCCAAACUAUACUCGACUCAUGUUGACACAUGGAAUUCCACCUGCUCUUAGAUCGAGAAUCUGGGGACUUUUUACAUUGGCGGGUAAUGCCCAAGGUACCACGGACAACUACAUGGAAAACCUUUACCAUUCCCUCAACAAAGAUGUGUCUCCGGAUAUCUCCAUCAUCGUCAAGGAUGUCAAUAGAACGUUUCCUGAGAUCUCUAUGUUUGCCGAGUAUUCGACAAAGACCAAGUUCGAAAACAUCUUGAAUGCAUACAGCAUAUUUGACUCAGAGAUGGGUUACUGUCAAGGACUACAGUUCAUUGUGGCCCCUUUGCUGUUCCAUUUCAAAGAUGACCUGAAAACAUUCAAUGCAUUGGUCAAAAUCUUUGAACUAAACAAACUAAGACCUAUCUACGAUCAUGAGAUGUCUGGGCUGCACCUCUGGUUCUUCCAAUUCGAUAAAAUCUUUGAGACUGAAGUUCCAGAGUUAUAUGCUCAUUUCAAAGAAUUGAACAUUGACAUACAGAUGUUUUUAGCACAGUGGUUCCUCUCAUUUUUCUCUAUAACGAUCCCAUUCAGUUUCCUCAUUAGAAUGUUUGAUGUUCUACUGCUUGAAGGUGUGAAAUCAACACUUUUCAGAGUUGGUAUUACGGUGUUGUCCAAAAAUACAGAUCUAUUGAAGACCAUUCAAGAUUCAGAGCUCAUAUAUCAACACUUGCUCUCAGAGAAUUGCUGGGGAAUAUUUCAACAGGAUGUUGACUUGUUCAUUGAUUCAGUGAUGUCGUUACCAGUGAAUCACUACUCAUCUGAACAUUUGUCUACAUUGGAAGAUGUGUUCUCCAAGAAAGGCAUUGAAGAUCCAAUAUUGGAGAGGGUCAAGAUGAGACUUUAUGGAUGAGAUAAAUAUAUAUGCUGCUAGAUAAGUUUAUACAUUUAUGAAUGAGUGUACACAAAUGUCGUAGAGUUCACUUAGAAAUUUCGUUUAUUUCUUUUGAGAUUGAUUGACUGAGUUCAUCCGG